UCCUAAUUGGUUGCCCUUAGUCGCAAGGUAGGACGUGAAGCAGUGGAUUUGUUGUCGCCGGUACUCUUCCCCAGCCCACGACCACGGUGCUCACCACAGUUAGAUUCAUACUCACUGAACCUCUCUCUCUUCUUGUUCUCUCUGCAGCGACCUUUCCUCUCCAUGGAUCUAUGAUCUACAAUUGUUUCCCAUAGAUUUAGGAUGGCCAAUUUCCUAGCUCAGUUCCAGACGAUCAAGAGUUCCUUCGACCGCCUCGUAAUUGCUGUUGAAGACGUCAGUGACUUGUGGCCUACUGUAAAGAACGGAUUUGAGGAGAGAUUACCAUUUAAAAGAGCUUGUUUGAAUAACAAGACACGUAAUCCCGUUUUAGUUGACAAAUUGCCUGCUGAGUUCAUAUUGACUACAGAUGCACGACUUCGUAGUAGGUUCCCUCAAGAGCAGUAUUUAUUUUGGUUUCGUGAACCAUAUGCAACUGUUGUUCUUGUCACCUGUGAGGAUCUUGAUGAAUUUAAGACUAUUCUUAAACCACGUUUGAAGCUGAUUGUCCAAAAUGAUGAGCGGGAGUGGUUUAUUGUAUUUGUAUCUAAAGCAAACCCAAAUAACGAUCAAGCCGCCAAACAGGCAAAAAAAGUGUAUAGCAAACUUGAAGUUGAUUUUAGCUCGAAGAAGAGAGAAAGGUGCUGUAAAUUAGACAUCCUUUGCCCUGAAGCAAAUUUUUGGGAGGAUCUAGAGUCCAAGAUAAUGGAGUCCAUAAGAAAUACCCUGGAUAGACGUGUCCAGUUUUAUGAAGAUGAGAUUCGCAAGUUAAGCGAACAACGGUUGAUGCCAGUCUGGAACUUCUGCAAUUUCUUUAUUCUGAAGGAAAGCUUGGCAUUUAUGUUUGAGAUGGCUCAGCUUCAUGAAGAUGCAUUACGCGAAUAUGAUGAACUAGAGCUCUGCUAUUUAGAAACAGUGAAUAUGAUUGCAAAGCAGAGAGAUUUUGGUGGAAUUGACCAUGGUGACGACCAAGCGACGUUGCUUAAUCCUGGGAGCAAACCAUUGACACAGAUUGUUCAAGAUGACUCAUUCCGGGAAUUUGAGUUUAGACAAUAUCUUUUUGCUUGCCAAUCAAAGCUAUUAUUCAAGCUGAAUAGACCAUUUGAAGUUGCUUCGAGAGGCUAUACAUUCAUCAUUGCCUUCUCAAAGGCUCUGGCUAUACAUGAGAACAUAUUACCUUUUUGUAUGCGUGAAGUUUGGGUAACAACUGCUUGCCUGGCCUUGAUCAAUGCAAUUGCUUCACAUUUUAGUGAAGGUACUAUGGCCCCAGAUACAGAAAAGGAGUUUUUCCGCCUACAGGGGGAUCUUUAUUCAUUAUGCCGAGUGAAGUUUAUGAGGCUUGCAGAGUUAAUUGGAUAUGGUCCUUAUAUCGAGAGAAGUCCAGUCAACAGUGCUUCGCUGAGCAUGCUACCUUGGCCCAAGCCGUCAAUUUGGCCCGCUGUUCCACCUGAUGCUUCAUCUGAAGUGUUAGCAAAGGAAAAAAUUAUUCUUCAAGAAACUCCACGAGUCAAGCACUUUGGUAUUCAAAAGAAACAUCUGCCUCUAGAACCUUCCUUGCUGUUGAGAGAAGCAAAUCGUCGGAGGGCUUCCCUUUCUGCCGGAAAUACGCUUGAAAUGUUUGAUGGGCGACCAGCCUUUAUUGAUGGACCAGGUCUGGAUAUGUCACCAAAGAUGUCCCCUAAUAAAACACCUGGGAGCUCCAUGUCACGUACUUACUCUUCCCCAGGAUUUGAAAACACAAUCGAUCGACCUAUGAGACUUGCUGAGAUUUAUGUUGCUGCAGAACAUGCUUUGAAGCAAACCAUAUCUAGUUCUGAUCUGUGGAAGUGCCUAUCAGCUGUGGAGGAGUUUGAGAAAAAGUAUUUGGAGCUAACUAAGGGUGCUGCGGAAAAUUACCACCGGUCCUGGUGGAAAAGACAUGGGGUUGUCCUAGAUGGUGAAAUAGCUGCUGUUAGCUUUAGACAUGGAAACUUCGAUUUGGCUGCGAAGUCUUAUGAGAAGGUUUGUGCCCUUUUUGCUGGUGAAGGCUGGCAGGAUCUCUUAGCUGAAGUUCUUCCAAAUUUGGCAGAAUGUCAAAAGGAACUAAACGAUGAUGCUGGCUACCUCUCAUCUUGUGUGAGAUUGUUAUCAUUAGAUAAAGGUUUAUUUUUGACAAAAGAUCGCCAAGCUUUUCAGUCAGAAGUAAUACGUCUUGCACACAGCGAAAUGAAGGACCCUGUACCCUUGGAUGUUUCAUCAUUGAUUACAUUUUCUGGAAAUCCUGGACCCCCUCUAGAAUUGUGUGAUGGUGAUCCUGGCACUCUGUCUAUUACUGUGUGGAGUGGCUUUCCUGAUGAUAUAACUCUUGAUUCACUGAGCCUUACUUUGAUGGCCACGUACAAUGGGGAUGAAGGUGUUAAGCCAAUAAGGAGUUCCACGGAAACUGUGCUAAACCCUGGACGUAAUAUUAUUACCCUUGCUUUACCUCCUCAGAAACCAGGUUCUUAUGUUUUAGGGGUUAUUACUGGCCAGAUUGGGAAGCUGAGAUUUCGAUCUCACAGUUUUUCCAAGGGCGAUCCUGCUGACAGCGAUGAUUUUAUGAGUUAUGAGAAACCGACUAGACCUAUCUUGAAGGUUUUCAAACCAAGACCAUUAGUUGAUCUUAUCUCUGCCAUUUCAUCCCCUCUGCUAGUAAAUGAACCUCAGUGGGUUGGCAUCAUUGUCCGGCCCAUCAAUUACUCCCUUAAAGGAGCAAUCUUGCAUAUCGAUACUGGUCCUGGCUUAAAGAUUGUAGAAUCUCAUGAAAUUGAGAUGGAAACCUAUGUCGACUUGUUGAAAAGUUCAAUUGAUGUGGCACACACUGGUGAUUCAAAGAACUUCGAACGGUUAUGCCUCAGUGAUGGUAGAUUAGAAUUUCCAGAUUGGGCAAGCAAUGAGACUUCUAUUUUGUGGAUACCAAUUCACGCUGUCAAUGAGAGGCUUGCAAGAGGAUCAACCUCAGCCACCUCUCAGAGACUGAGUAUUGUGGAUGGGAUGAGAACAAUAGCACUAAAACUCGAAUUUGGAGCUUUUCACAACCAGACGUUUGAGAAGACUCUAGCUGUGCAUUUCACUGACCCUUUUCAUGUGAGUACACGCAUUGCUGAUAAAUGCAACGAUGGCACUUUGCUUCUACAGGUGAUCAUACAUUCUGAAGUAAAGGCCACAUUGACAGUAUAUGACGCCUGGCUUGAUCUUCAAGAGGGGUUUGUUCAUAAUGGAAAUGACAAUGGAAGACCAUCCUCUGGCUACUUUCCUUUAGUUAUUUCCCCAUCUUCUAGAGCAGGAAUUCUCUUCAGUAUACGCUUGGGCAAAACAAAUAAUGAAGAUGAAGGUGAAGUGACAAAUCCAGAAAGCAUAUUAAAUAUUAGAUAUGGUAUCUCUGGGGACAGAACACUCGGGGCUCACCUGCCUGUUAUUAUAGAGUCAUCUGGAAUUGAAGAUGCUAAACAGGACUUGCUGUUCAAAAGCGCUCUAGUUUUGCAAAGGCCAGUGCUCGACCCUUGCCUGACUGUUGGAUUUCUUCCUCUUCCUUCCGAAGGCCUAAGAGUCGGACAGCUUAUUACUAUGAAAUGGAGGAUCGAAAGGCUAAAUAAUUUACAAGAGAAUGAAGAUUCCAAAUGCAAUCUUGAUGAUGUGUUAUACGAAAUUGAUGCCAAGUCUGAAAAUUGGAUGAUUGCCGGUCGGAAAAGAGGGCAUGUUUCUCUCUCCCCUGACCAAGGAUCAAGAAUGGUGAUCUCAAUAUUAUGCAUGCCACUGGUGGCUGGCUAUGUUCGUCCACCUAAACUUGGUUUGCCAAAUAUUGACGAGGCAAACAUAAGUUGCAAUCCUGCAGCUCCACACCUGGUUUGUGUUUUACCUCCCCCACUCAGCUCCUCCUUCUGCAUUCCAGCAUGACCGUUCUUCACGUAUGUUUCUUGUCGUCCUAGGUGGUUAUUAUAGUUACCACUCCAGCUUCUCGAAAACAGACUCCUUCCCAUCGUAAAUUAGAUUCAUAAAGAUUCAAACUAGGUGCUACUCGUGAAUCUCUUCCACCUUCCCUCCCUCCCUCCCUCCACCCCCCAGGUCAGAUAUUUGGCCUUCCGAAGAGUCUGAUUUGUUCGGCUUAGGUACUUUAGUGUGUACAGUACAUCUCUUAGUGUAACGAUGUGUCCUUUUAUGGAUGAUAUAGAGGCCAAUUAUAGAAACACCAUUUUUAGAAAAGAAAUGUUUGGGUGGUGGGGUGGUUCAUUUGAGGAACGAACUCAAAUUCAUAUUGGAGUAUUCUACCCCACAGAACAUUAAUACUAUUCGAGUGUACAGUGAUUUUGAUUUGUCUGUAGCCUUUUGAUAAUUAUAAUUCAUUUCUUCUCUGUUUAGACUUUC